GCGUUGGCAACGAGCUUUGAUCCAGUUGCUAAGGGCCGCAGGCUUUUCUAUGGGCCCAGCGUCAGGAGCUGGCGGGGGGUUCCCGUGAGAAUUCCUGUGAUCCUGAAACAGUUGUCACUAGAAAUGCAGCCCCAUGGUCACUGUCACUGUAGGCUGUAGGAAGCUGUCUGCACGCAUGUCUCCCUAUGAUGUUCUUCGGCUGGAUCUGCUGUCACUAUGGAGACACUGCAAGGAUGCCUAGAGGUUCUGGAUUGUGGCCUCUGCAUUGGAGUUUUGACACAUUGGUCAGGGACUAUCUCACCUCCUUCUGAUCGCACCUCCUUUUCCCUGUGGAAGUGAAAGGAUGAGGCUGCCUAUUUGGUGCGUCACUGGCGACAGGAACUGGACACGUUUAUGGUUUUUUUGUGACCGAGGACAGUUGUUCAAGACCGUUCCUGUUCAGCUGUUUUUGCCACCGAAGGUGAGGUUGGUCGAGAAUGAGUGAUCAGACCAGACUGGCAGCCCACGGUGCCUGGAAUGUGUCCUCUGGCACAGGGACUGGACAGCCCCAAAGCCUCGAGACUGAGCAAUGCCAACUGCGAGACCAGGAGGAGUCUAGGCCCUUCCUCAGUGACACUUGGAAAUGCUCCCCUGAGGAACUGGGCCAUGGUGUCCAAGGGUUGAGAACACCGUUAGUGCCACGACCUCCCGUAAGGCCCAAACCGUGCCAACAGAAUAAGCUGCAGCACCUGCACUCGGCGGAAAGGAGAGCUGCCGCCCGCAGACUGAGGAGCAGGAGCAGUGAGGAGAGCUCCUCAGAGCCUGUUGACACAGACUCCUCCUGUGGGUCUCUGUACGGUGCUGACCUCUCAGCCUCCCCCAUGCAGUGUCUCCAGGGCAGGUCAGGGGUGGCUCCCCAGACACCCCUGCCCAGCAGCAGCAGUAGCAGUAGUUUGCAGGAGUGCGACACUAGUGAGUCAGCUGGCAGUACAGCAGAGUAUCAUAAUGGGCCUGUGCACACAGACUCCCAAGCCAGGAUUGAUCACCCUGACAUUCAAACAGUGUCGUCAGCCAAUCGGAAGCUGCCUCCUGUAGCACCGAGCAAGCCCCUCCCUCCAAUGGUCAUUAACCUGGACUCACCAGUAUUAAGGACCAGUAAUCGGAUCGACCAGGAUUAUAUGGAUUACAUGCGUGUGACUCAGACAGUGUCAAGCCAGCACUCCAAUCUCCUCAGCCUGUCCCAAGGAACUGAGGAUAAUCGAUCUUCAAUCUCCAUGAGUUCUUCCAGUAGUAUCUUGUUUCCUGUCCGUUCUGAGGAUCUUCGGAAAAGGAGUUAUCUGGAGGGCAGUCUCCUGGCCAGUGGAGCUCUGUUGGGAGCCAGUGAAUUGGAUCGUUAUUUUCCUGACCGAAAGGUCCGAGUGUUUAUCACCACCUGGAACAUGCAAGGCCAGCAGCUCCCUGACAAGCUGGAUGACCUUCUCCUGCCCUGUGACUCUCAAUACAUCCAGGACUUGUAUAUCAUUGGGACUCAGGAAGGAAUCCCAGACAGGAGAGAGUGGGAGAUCCGUCUGCAGGAGACCCUGGGGCCUCACUUUGUGCUGCUGUACUCUGCAGUGCACGGAGUCCUCCACCUCUCGCUCUUCAUCAGGAGAGAUCUCAUCUGGUUUUGCUCAGAAGUAGAACAAGCAACAGUGACAACUCGUAUCGUCUCCCAGAUCAAGACCAAAGGAGCCAUAGCAAUCUCAUUCACGUUUUUUGGCACGUCCUUCCUCUUCAUUACUUCUCACUUUACCUCAGGGCAAGGGAAGGUUUACGAGAGGAUGCUGGACUACAAUAAAACAAUAGAAGCUCUGGCACUUCCACGGGUUGUGCCUGACACCAACGUCUACAAAUCUGACCCCUAUGAUGUGACAACUCGAUUUGAUCAGGUUUUCUGGUUUGGUGACUUUAACUUCCGCCUGGAUGUGAAGCGAGCAGUGAUCGAUGAGCUCCUCCAGAACAGGAACGUGGACAGUCUCCGCUCCAUUCUGCAUUAUGAUGAGCUCACCAAAAAGCUACAGGAGGGCUCCAUUUUUAAAGGGUUCAAAGAAGCUGAAAUCACUUUUCUACCAACCUACAAGUUUGACAUUGGAUGUGAUGUUUAUGACAGUAGUGCCAAACAGAGGACUCCCUCCUACACGGACCGCAUUAUAUACAAGAGCCGGCAGAAAGGUGACAUAUUCGUAGUUAAAUAUGGCAGCUGCACUUCAAUUAAAACCUCCGAUCACAGGCCUGUCUACGGCUACUUUCAAGUGAGGCUGCGACCUGGAAGAGAUAACAUCCCACUGUGUGCCGGUCAGUUUUACAGAGAUAUCUACAAAGAGGGAAUAAAAAGACGGUUUGUGAGAGAGCAGAAGAGACGUGCAUUCUGGAACCAGAAGAACAGUGUCACCUGCAGUGUGUCCUGACAGGAACUGGAUAGAAACAGGGAGCUGCCUGCAGCAGUGAGCACAGAAGCAGAGACUGCACCCAGGGUACUGACCACCAAAGCAAAGUACUGUCACAGGAACCACGCCAAGACAGUCAUUAAAUAAAACAGUGGGUCAGGAAGGGUGGCCUGUAAUGCACUUAUAAAAGAGCAAGACUGUGCAUAAUAAUCCAUCAUUAUUGUUUUUGUUUCAUAAUUAUGUAGUAAUUCAAUAUUUUGAAGAUGACAUUUUUCAAUGUUCAUUUUUUAAUGUGCUCUCUGUUGAGAAGCUUAUAUCACAAUUUAAACCCUCAAAAGAACCAGACACUCACUGUGGGAUAUGUCCAAUGUAUCUAUUCUUCAUGUCAGCCUCGACAGUAAAUGUCCCUGGAAUAUUGAACCCUGGGCACUGUCACAGUUUAGCCCAGACCCCCACACAGUCGCCUUGGCACCAGACCACGGGCAGCUAUAGAGCCUUCCCUGCUGCAGCCAUGAUAUCCAAGUUAGCAUUAACAAAACAUCGACUGGUUCUUCCAGCUCUGUGAGAGAGUGAGUGGAGCAUACUGCUCACCCCAGUUGGAGAUUAGCCCACAAUCGACUUUGUGAAAUGGUUAUUUCUCAUUUCCUUCGAGGCCUUGAACUGAGUGAUUGUCAACCAGCUGGAAACGGUCACUCCAUGCUUGUACACUGACCUUGCACAGCUGGGAUUGCAGACAGUUUUAUUGUUCAUAGUUGGAUGGAGAAUUGUUAAAUGGUAUUGCUGCUGUCAGACACUGGCUACUGGGCACAGGAGAGAUCAACCUCUGCCAUGUGUGAGACCAUCGGGCAGUGAGAGGCUUGGCAGGGUCCUGGCACAGCCCAGGGACACGGUUGGUGAUCCUCUCAGACGGAGUUAUUAUUAAAGGUUGCAAUUCUGCUGCUCCUACAUGGCCCAUCAUCACCGUGGCUAAAGAACAUGGAGGAUUCUCCCCAGUCUGUGGGCUCCAGCCUACAUUUGGUAUCUGAAAGGAGAGUGGAGAUGGCUAUGUUCAGACACUAUGUCCAGUAGCUCAGUCCAGUCACGGAGGUUGUGGCUGGGACAGGGUCUCAGUUACCCCCCUCUCCGAAGCUGUUUUCAGUGUAUGGUUGGUCAGGUUUCAUACAGGUCUCUGAUUACAAAUCACCCUGGGCCUUUGCAGGAAGACCCACACAGAGGGUUUCUGUAACAUAUAAAUUUGUGCUUUAUAUAGAACACUUUUAUUUUGAUUUCACUGAUUUUUUUUUUACAAGAAAUAAAUAAUUUUUAAGAGUU